ACACACAAACACAAAAUCUGUUUUUGCUUGUAAGUCAAAGAAAACAACCGUACACUAUCUAUACACACAAAUACACAAACCAUUGUACCCUCAAAUACUCAUCAAACCUUCUUCUUACCUUUUUUACAAAACAUCCAAAAAAACAUCUCAAGUUUUUCAACUAGAUCUUGUUUUUCUCUUGUGGUUUAGCUUCAACGAGAAAGAUGGCGAAUCGGUGGUGGGAUGGAAGACAACCGGAAGCAAACCCGAACCCGGUUGAAGGUUCGAACCAAACCGGUUCGAACCGGAUUGUGUCACGAAGGGAGCAAGAGUUCAUGGAAAGCAACACCAACAACAACAGUAACAGUAACAUUACUCCAACGAUGAGCAACAACAGCACCGUCAACGUUAACGGAGAAGACAAUGACCGUGACGGCGAUGACCAGAACACCGGAAGUGGCCGCCGUCCCCGCGGCCGACCUCCAGGUUCGAAGAACAAACCGAAGCCUCCGGUGGUGAUAACCAAAGAAACACCAAACGCGCUUCGUAGCCACAUCCUGGAAAUCUCCAGCGGAAGCGAUGUUGCUGAGAGUAUUUCCACUUUUGCUAACCGUCGUCACCGCGGUGUUUCGGUUCUCAGCGGCACCGGCGUUGUUACCAAUGUGACUCUCCGGCAACCAACUGCUCCGGGAGGUAUCAUUGCUCUUCAAGGGAGGUAUGACAUUCUGUCACUCUCUGGAGCUUUUUUGCCUCCGCCGUCUCCACCGGAGGCGACCGGGCUGACGGUCUAUCUCGCCGGAGUUCAAGGGCAGGUGAUUGGAGGAUUGGUGGUCGGGGCGCUGGUUGCGGCGGGGCCGGUGAUGGUUGUUGCUGCCACUUUUGCUAAUGCUACUUAUGAGAGGUUGCCACUGGAAGAUGAACAAGGAGAAGAGGAAAACAUGGAACAAGAGGUUAAUAAUAAUAAUACUCGGAACAUUAUUAACAACAAUGAUGCUGGUGCUGGUGGUUCGGGUUCGGUUUCUCUGUCUGUUUCUGGUUCAGCUAGUGGAAGUGGUGCAACAUCUCAUGGAUUAGGAGAAUUCAAUUUGAAUCCAAAUUUGAUGAAUGGUGGUGGGCACAAUGUGGGACAUGGACACGGGCACGGACACGGACAUGAUAUGUUUUGGCGUCCACCUCCUCCACCACCUUAUUGAGAUUUGGGUUUGAGGUUGCUACAUUACACUAAUACUUGUUUACUUUUAUGUGAUCAAGUUUUGAGUGUUUUGUUGUAAUAUCAUGUUGUUGUUCUAGCUAGCUAGCAAGCCAGUUUAGGAUGUUUUGGUUUGGUUUGGUUUCGGUUUCGAUUUUACUACUACAAAGACUCCCUCCUUAAUUCCCAUAAUUUUGUCUUCCACUUUGUAGUAGUUUUUCAAUGUUAUCUUGGGAAUUUUAUAUGUUCAUUACAGUUAAUAAUAACAAAUGGAUUUUGUUUGGGAA